UCCAAAUAAUCCGGACUCUGGGCAGAUAAAAAGUUCCAUUCCAUUUUAACCACCAGAACGCCUCUUCUCUUAUCGUUGGUUUUGGUUCUUCUACUAUGUGUUUCUGUGCCCUAGAAAACGACGACGAUGACGACCACGACAGACGUCGAGAUGAGUAUUGAUAAGCAGAAGAAGGACAUUGAGAUCCUUAGGAAGAAAUUGAUGGACUGGAGCUUUUUUCCUUAUCUGUACCAACUUUUCAACAAGGAGGAGCCUAUCAAUUGGCGUAACCCUAUGUUCAUCGAUUACAUAGCUCGCCAAUCGCUACAAUCUUUUUACAGGGCAUGCAAGCGAUUCGAAAGCUUCGACUUCUCAAUUGAGCCAACGAUAGUUGGUAAGGUGAAGCAUUGCAGCUACUCCGAUUUGGACGGGAUUACUAAUUUCAAGAAUCCUGAAGUAAUUCAAAAGACUAUUUCAGGAAGACUGUUCCAGGGAACCAUUGUUGAAGGAUCUGAAAAACGAUCGGUUAUUGUAAAGACAUGGGAUUUUCACCUUCCUAUGAGAGAUGCUCUUCAAUGUCUAACUACAUUUUGUGAUGAGAUCGAGUUAUUCACCGAUGAAAGAGUAAAUAUGCAUCCAAAUUUGGUCAAGUUGUAUAGGUACUGUUGUGAUACGAGGCUUGCACUUGUCUUUGAUGAAGAAUUCACUGGACUAGUUUUGUCGGAUGUGCUUCUCUCUGGUACUUAUAUUACUAUCUCGAGUAUUAUGUUGAAUGAUUAUUCAUCAGUGUGCACAUUGCUUUUGUUUUCUCUAUCAUUUGUAGAUGACUUUGGGUGGGUUGAGCGGAUGAAGGUCGCAACUCAACUUGCUGAUCUCUACUCAUGUUUGCAUGAGAACAAUAUUGCACUUGACCGUCUUAUUCCUGCAAACAUUAAGAUAGAUAAGGAAUUUAACAUUAAAGUAUUUGACUUUGGGUUCGUAACAAAUACUUUCAAUGUGGAUGAUAGCUUUCUUGAUGGUGCUAGAGCUCCAGAGAUUCUAAAAGGUGAGAGGACCAGGACCAUGAAAUCUGAUGUUUAUUAUUUUGGUAUUCUACUGCUGGAGCUGAUGGCCAAAAGGAAGUUUAGUUUCGCUCAUGUGUGUUGUUGUGUGCAAACAUCAAUUGCAACUGCGGUUAAGCGUGGUAAAAAAUAUUUGGUUCAUGAAUGCUUCACAGAAGUUGAUUAUCCAACUGCAUUAGCUAUCACACUUCUGGUAUUCCUCUGCACGAAUUUUGAUCCAGACAAGAGGCCCUCGAUGAAGGAUGUUAUAGACACUUUGAAUGCGAUGGGAAUGGGAGGGGUGAAACGAAAAAGAGAUGAAUACGAUGCAGAACAGUAAAAGUGUACUGUCUAAACACCGUUAAUGCUAGUGUUUUGAAAAAAGACUAAUAGUGUUGUGAUGAUGGAGCUUUGUAGAGAAGAAUGUAUUUGACUAAAUACCAUAUCAACUGUGGACCUGUUCUAAAUCUUUUAAGCUUAGACAUCCAA